AUGAUUGAAUUACAAGAAAGCAUAAACCAUUUAAAUCAAUCUUAUGUAACAAAUAAUAUAGGUGUACAAAUAAUUUUUGAAAAUAUAUCUUAUACAGUAAAAAAUAAAAAUUAUAAAUCAAAAAAUAAAUCUAAAGAUAUAAUAUCAAACAAUGAUGGUGUCAGUAACAUCAAAAAUUUAAAAGAAAUUACAAUUCUAGAUAAUAUAUCAGGCAUUAUUCAACCAGGUGAAAUGAUUGGGUUAUUUGGUCCUUCUGGUUCAGGCAAAUCUACAUUAUUAGAUAUAUUGGCAAAGAGAAAAUCAACAGGAACCAUUUCAGGUAAAAUUUUAGUAAAUGGUAAAGAAAUUGGUGAUGGUUUUAAAAAGUAUUGCUCCUAUGUCACACAAGAAGACUUUUUAUUACAAACAUCAACUGUAGAGGAAACUUUAAAAUUUCAUGCAGAUUUAAGAUUACCAGAUAUGAAUGAAAAAGAUAAAUGGAAAAGAGUCGAACAAGUUUUAAAAGAUAUUGGGUUGCACGAAAAAGCAAAAUCAAAGAUUGGCGGCAUUUUACCAGGUGGUACAAUUUUAAAAGGUUUAUCGGGUGGUGAAAAGAAAAGAGUUUCCAUUGGUUGUGCUCUAGUUACAAAUCCAUCAGUGCUACUAUUAGAUGAACCAACCAGUGGUUUAGAUAGUGUUACUGCUUUAUCCGUAAUGAAAACAUUGACAAGCUUGACACAAAAAGGAGUUACUGUUGUAUCCUCUAUCCAUCAACCUAAUAUAUUAAUAUAUUCACUAUUCCACCAAAUAAUGGUAAUAAUCAAAGGAAGAAUGUUGUACAAUGGUCCAAAUGUUAUAGGUUAUUUUGAAAAACUAGGCUACAAACUACCAAACAAUACAAAUCCAGCAGAUUUUUGUCUAGAUACAAGUGUAGAGAUUCAAAAUAAAGAGGACUAUAACGAAAUCUGCAGUCAAUGGGAGAUUGAAUGGAAACAAAGUAUAUUAGAACAAUCACUAAAUCAAACACUAAUAAACACAUCCGAAAUAGUAUAUACAAACACAUCAAUCUUCUAUCAAUAUAAAAUCUUAAUGAAAAGAUUAUUUACCGAUUUCUAUCGUAACAGUGGGGCAUUUGUAACACGUUUAUCUUCGGGUAUCAUUAUUGGUCUAUUGUUUUCUGCAUGCUUUGGCCGUUUACAUCCAAGUCAAGACGAUAUAUUAAAGAUUGCUGGUGUUAUAUUUUUCAUUUUAGCCGUAUUAGCAUUAUCACCCUUUACAAUUGUAUCACUUUUUCUUUCAAAUAGAGAAAUUUUUAAUUCAGAAAGAGCCUCCAAAAUCUAUCAUCCCUUUCCAUAUUAUCUUUCAAACAUAACCCUUGAAGCUUUUAUAUUGUUUUUUGUAACACUAUUUAUUACAACGAUCUCUUACUGCGUCAAUCAUCUCCGAUGGAAUUUCACAAGUUUUAUUGUGACCUUUGUUGUCUAUUAUUUUAUCAUUGUUUGCUCUGAUCUUUUGGUUAUAACUUUGACCAAUGUUACUGGUAAAUCCGAUCUAACUUUUAUUUAUGGAACCUCAAUCGCAAUUAUCUAUUUAUUGUUCAUGGGCUUUUUAAUACCUGUAAACAGUUUACCAAAAAGUUUUUUUUGGUUGCACUAUAUAAACCCUUUACACUAUGGAUUUGCAACUGCCAUGGUAAUUCAAUUUAAAGACUAUGAACUAACCUGUAAUCCAAAUCAACCAUGUCUUUAUAAAAAUGGAAAUGACUUUUUAAAUUUUUAUGGUUUUCAAGAUUGGACAAUACAAAAAGGUAUACCGAUAAUUGUACUUUGGUUAUUAUUUUUCUUUUUCUGUGGAUAUUUAGCUUUACACAAAUUAAAUAAAGAAAAAAGAUAA